AUGGCAUAUCCCUUCCAACUAGGCUUACAAGACGCAACAUCACCCGUUAUAGAAGAACUCCUGCAAUUCCAUGAUCACGCACUAAUAAUCGUCUUCCUAAUUAGCUCCCUGGUACUCUACAUUAUUACCCUAAUACUUACAACCAAGCUAACACACACCAACACAAUAAACGCCCAAGAAGUAGAAACCAUUUGAACCGUCCUCCCAGCCAUUAUCUUAAUCACAAUUGCCCUACCUUCUCUACGUAUCCUCUACAUAAUAGACGAAAUCAACAACCCCUCCCUAACUGUAAAAACUAUAGGACAUCAAUGAUACUGAAGCUAUGAAUAUACUGACUACGAAGACCUAAACUUUGACUCCUACAUAAUUCCAACCUCAGACCUAAAACCAGGAGAACUACGACUGCUAGAAGUAGAUAAUCGAAUAAUCCUACCUAUACAAAUAACAAUCCGAGUACUAGUUUCCUCAGAAGACGUACUACACUCAUGAGCUGUCCCUUCUCUAGGCCUAAAAACAGAUGCAAUUCCUGGACGUCUGAACCAAACAACCCUUAUAUCAACACGACCUGGCCUAUUCUAUGGACAAUGCUCAGAAAUUUGCGGCUCAAACCACAGCUUUAUGCCAAUCGUCCUCGAACUAGUACCCCUAGAGGACUUUGAAAAAUGAUCUACAUCCAUAUUGUAA